GCCUUUCUUCUAGGCAACUGGAGGAGGGGAGGCAGGAUUGUGGUAGCAAACAGCCCCGGGAGGGAGAGGGAGACUGUCUGAAGGCAGCGCGGGAGCCGAAGCCCAGCCAUGGCGAACGCCAAGAGACAAAAAAAUGACACCAAGUCCUCAGAAAUCCACGUGGACAGCAAGAACAUACUACAGUGCAAAGAUGAGCAGCAAAACCUCACUGAAUCAGACGCCUUUGGUGAAAGAAUCAGACUGCUCUUUGAUCCAACUGUGGAAUACAAAAUGAAACACAAGAGAAGAGGACUUGCUUUGAUCUUCAAUCAUGAGAGAUUUUUCUGGCACUUAAUGUUGCCAGAUAGACGUGGUACUUGUGCUGACCGAGAUAAUCUGAACCGCAGCUUGACUCAACUUGGAUUUGAAGUGAAAUGUUUUGAUGACCUUAAAGCAGAAGAAGUGUUUCAGAACAUUUAUAAUGUGUCCAGAGAGCAGCAUGAAGAUGCAGAUUGCUUUAUGUGCAUUUUCCUGAGCCAUGGAGAAGAUAACCAUGUUUAUGCUUAUGAUGCUAAAAUACAGAUACAAAAGCUGACCAAUAUGUUCAGAGGUGAUAAAUGCCGUAGUCUGAUAGGGAAGCCAAAAAUAUUCAUAAUUCAGGCAUGCAGAGGAGAUAAGCAUGAUGAUCCGGUCUCUCCUGAUACGGUGGAUAGCGUUACAGAACGCUCACUCGUCAAUGAAACCGAAGUUGACGCUGCUGCAGUUUAUACUUUACCUGCUGGUGCUGAUUUCCUCAUGUGUUAUUCUGUGGCCGAAGGUUUCUAUUCCCAUCGGGAGACUCUAUAUGGUUCUUGGUAUAUUCAAGAUCUGUGUGAGAUGAUACAAAAACAUGGUGCUUCCCUGGAAUUCACAGAAUUACUGAUGCUUGUUAACAGGAAGGUAUCACAUCGCAGGGUAGAUGUAUGCAAAGAUAUUAAUGCUAUAGGGAAAAAACAGAUCCCUUGCUUUGCUUCAAUGUUAACUAAAAAACUGUACUUUUACCCCAAAUCAUAGUAGCACAGUGGAGUAAUUAUUAUUUUUGGCUACAUAGGUGGUAGGAAGCGGUGAGUGCUCUGCAGGAAUCAAAGCAAAAAAAAUACUGUUAAAAUAGAUCAAUUUUAUAUCCACUUAUCUAAAAUAUAAUCAAUGAGAGUUGAUUCUGAAUAGACAUAUAGAAUUGUACUGAUAAUUUAAAAGGUUUGUUUAGUUAGAAUAUAGUUUAUUAUUUUACAUUUAAACUGAGAUCAUCAGGAGAUGGUGAAUUAAAAUUGUUAGAUGAGCAGAUCUAUGAAAUAAAAAUCACAGCCAACAAUUGCAGGUUCUAAAUGGCACACAGAAAUACAAAUUCUACAUUAAAAAUUGAAAAAGAAAACUUCUGUGAAGUUUAACAACUCAGGCAGAAAUACUUUUAUAUAGCCUUUGAAAUUGUUAGUUAUUCUGCUAUCCUCAGGGAGUUUUAAAAAUAAGUUCAGGCUUGACAUUGGGAUAAUAAAGGAACAGUUAAUCAAAAGUUAGCUGUCUUUAGGUUUACAUUCCAUAAUGGAUGUUAUAAUGGAUAUUUUGUACUAAUGGCUAAAUUUUUAUACUUUUGUUUCAACAUAGUAAUUGUCUUGUGAGAAUCAUUUUCUUAAUCUGUACUGUGUAAAUUGUUCCCCUCCAAUUUAACAUUUUGGAAAAGUGAAUUAUGCGACCAAUUGUGACUCCUUCAGUUAUAGCAGCUCUUGCUAACUUGUGGAAUUACUGCAACUGAAACAUCUGCAUUAUUUUCCAUGCAAACCAGCUUUAUUGUUAUUAUUUGAGAAAGGUUAAUUUGUGCCUGUGAAACCUGUUUUCAUAAACCUUUCAGGUGCUAUGCGUGCUACAUAUGUAACUCAUUACAGCAUUGGAAUAUUUUGUGCAAGUGUGAAAGGAACAUUUUCUUAACAUCCUAAAUAGAACACUCAGAAGACAUCCAAAACUAGUAUCUGUUUUUAUUUAGCUCAUUAUGAAAAUAACAUUCAAAUAUAGGAAUCCCAGAAUAAAACCAUCCUUUAAAAACA